AUGCUGCUCUUCGAGAUAGCCUUUGCGCUUGUCCACUUGCUCAGCUGCUGCCUCGCUGCCGAUCAAGAUAUCCUCACCAUCUUGAAGCAGCAGACCGGUAUCUCGACAUUUACGGGCUUUUUGGAGCAGCUGCCAGAUCUAGUGGAGAUUCUGAAUCAAGGCACAUUCUCUGUGCUAAUUCCGGACGAUGACGCCUUUAGUGCGUUCACCGCGAAAAAUCCAAGCACCACCAGUGACGAGGAGGCUCUUUUGGCCUUGUUACAAUACCACAUCGCAAAUGGAACCCAUCCCUCGGCCACGUUUGGCCUUCAGCCAUUAUUUGUGCCUACCCUUCUGAGCAACGCGAACUACACCAAUGUCACAGGUGGUCAGGUGGUCGAGUUGGCCAGGUUCAACGACACUCCUACUAUUGUCACUGGGGUCAAGGCCGAGUCUCGGUUUGUUGAGGCUGAUAUCUUCUUUAUCGGAGGGCUCAUACACAUUGUGGAUUCCGUGUUGACCAUUCCCAUCUCCUUUCCCGCGACGAUCACGAAAGCUGGAUUGACCAACCUGGUUGCACUACUCAGCAAGGGCGGUUGGCUGACACCGAGCUCGCCCGCAGCUGAUAUUGUUAACGGCCUUCCUGACUUGACAAUAUUUGGACCCGAUGAUCCUCGCUUUGGGCCAACUUUUGAUGGAUUCGAGGGAUUGUCCGCAGAUGACCUUCUCAGCAUUUUGAAGUACAGCAUUGCUCAGGGUGAAGUCUACUACUCCUCAAAAUUCAAGAACAAUACGAAAAUCAUGACUCUGGAUGAAAUACCGUCGACAAUGACGCAGACGAUCAAUGGAUUUUUCAUCGACGCGGCGCAUAUUACAACGACUGACUACCUCACCUCAAACGGAGUGCUCCAGGUCAUUGAUAGCCCUCUGAACCCCAACGCCACCAAUGCUCGACCAGCCCCCGUGCCUGUCGCUCCAUCUGAGUCGGGAUCAAAGGGGCUCAGUGCUGCCGCGGGAGCUGGCAUUGGCAUUGCUAUUGCAGCGAUAGUUCUCGGAGGAGCCCUGGUCAUCGCGCUUUACUUGCGAACCAAACGUCGAAGAAGAGCACAAGGCCCACCCGGCCUGCGCGGAAUCCAUGACAGAUUGGAUGGCGAGUCACAGGAGCGAGUGUUGGAUCGUUCCACCAUGAUGGAUCCUCCGCCAACCUACGAGCUUGACACGAAAUCAAUAAAUGGGGACCGCGAUGGGAGAACGACCACCCACCACGUCCUGGAAGUCCACCACCCUCCCAAGCCGCCAUCUCCCUUAGAGAUCGAUGGCACGGAGCGAAGUAGGAUCAGUAUUACGAUCACGGGUAGUCCGCCUCGACAUGUAGGUUUCCAGGCUCGCUUCAACUGA